AGAGAGAGAGAGAGAGAGAGAGAGAGGGAGGCUGGAACAUGACUGAAAUGAUGAUGACUGACUAAGGCUAGAUUGGACGGGCGACUUAAUUUGGGACUACAGUCCAGUUAAGGCUAGCAUAUCCUCUAUCGCUAAAUUAAUGACACCGUGCAGUGGAACUUAUUGCGCGGAAAACACCAAAAAACAGAUGCGAGCAGAGUAAUGAGAGGAGAGAAAGGCACAGGAAAAGCUCACUACUGAAAAGGUUAACCAGUCUAGGCCUACUGUGAGCAUAGACUAGAUUCCUCUGCAACUGAGCCAGGAGUACAUACAUCCUGGGAGCCAUAAAGUAGCCAAGUAGAGAAAGAAGGCACAGCUUCCCGAAGAGGAGCCCUGGGCAUCAUGGCUCCUGACAGCGUGGCCGAGCUUCGCGAUUGGCUCUUCCUUUCCCUGCUGUGCCUCACGCUAUUGGCCGAGAUGCUGGAGUGCGCUGCGGCUUCCUCGCAGGGACUGGACGGCGAGGGGGACGCGGUGUGCCCGUCUGUGUGCCGCUGCGACGAAGACUUUAUCUACUGCAAUGACCGCAGGCUCAGUGCCAUCCCACCACUGCCCCCAUCUGCCACUGUCCUUUAUCUUCAAAACAAUCACAUAGACAAUGCAGGACUGCCCACGUCCCUCGAGCACCUCACCACAGUGCGGGUCAUAUAUCUCUAUGAUAAUGAGCUGGAUGACUUUCCCAUGCAUCUACCACCAUCAUUACGGGAGCUACAUCUCCAAGACAACAACAUCCGGGUGUUGCCACGGGCGGCGCUGGCCAGGCUCCCUCUGCUGGAGAAGUUGCAUUUGGACGACAAUUCGGUGUCCACGGUUAGUAUAGAAGACCAGGCUUUUGCCGACAACCCGCGCCUACGACUGCUCUUCCUCUCCCGAAACCACCUUUCCAGCAUUCCGUCUGGGCUUCCAGCCUCACUGGAGGAACUUCGGUUAGAUGACAACCGCAUUUCAACGAUCCCCACACACGCCUUUCGUGGCUUGUCUUCUCUUCGCCGCCUUGUCUUGGACGGUAACCUCUUGGCCAAUCAGCGCAUUGCAGACGACACCUUCUCACGUCUUUCGAACCUCACAGAGCUCUCAUUGGUGCGGAACUCCCUUCAAACUCCACCUCUCAAUCUACCCAGUGCACACCUGCAGAGACUCUCCCUCCAGGACAACGCGCUCAUCCAUAUGCCACGGGGCUCCCUGGAUGGAAUGCGUAGAUUACAGAGGCUGGAUCUCUCUGGUAACAACCUGACCACACUUCCCAGAGGUUUGUUCCGGGACUUGGAAACCCUCGGGCAGCUGCUCGUGCGUGGCAACCCUUGGCACUGUGGAUGCAACCUGCGCUGGCUGUACGACUGGCUGGAGGCCAAGGGGAAUACCAUCACAGUCCGAGGACUGACUUGCCAGUCGCCAGAGCGUGUGCGUGACAUGUCACUAAGGGACCUUACCAGCCAGAUGGACGAGUGCGAGCUGGCAGCUGCUGGAGGUGGAGGGGUAGGUGGUCCGGGCUCCACAGGAGGGGGGAGUGCUGGCGGCAGCAGAAUGGGAGGACCAGGAGUAGCGGCCAGCUCCACGACUCUGUCCCCUCCGCAAGGCUCUCUGUUCACCCUGCGGUCCAAGCGUCCAGGUCUGGGACUUCCAGACACAGGCUUGGACUACACUCUUGGCAGCAGUGGCGUGGGCAAGAACCUGGCUCUGAAUGUGAAGACUCUGUCCCACGACAGCAUCAGAGUUACAUGGAGCGUGGCCCAACCAUCUUCUUCCUUCAGGCUCAGUUGGCUCCGCCUGGGGACUAGUGCCACCAUGGGUUCCAUCACAGAGACUCUGGUGAGGGGAGACCGCAGAGAGUAUCUCCUUACUGCCCUCCAGCCAGCAUCCAGUUACAUCAUCUGUAUGGUGCCACUAGUCUCUGGCAGUGGGAACAAAGGCAGCAUGUCCAGCACAGACAUGGACUCUGAUGAGGUUCCAGUGUGCGCCAAGGCUGAGACAUCUGAUCCCAGCCUGUCAGAUGUCGACCAGGGCGAUGGUCAGGGCUCGGAGCAGAUCACCUCACUCCCACUGGCUGGGAUCAUCGGUGGCGCUACAGCCAUAGUCUCCCUUGCACUUAUCUUUGGCAUAUUCUGCUGGUAUGGGCAUCGGGCUGGGCGCUUUUCCUCAAGGGAUCACUACAGCCGCAGUAGCUCACGUAAGAGCAAGCACUACGAUGACUACAUUGAAUCAGGCACUAAGAAGGACACCACCAUCCUAGAGAUCCGAGGACCUGGCUUCCAGAUGACACCAAUGGCAGCCAGAGAGCCCCUGCAGCCCAAACCAAUCCGAGAAGAUUACAUCAUACACACUAUCUUCCCCUCCAAUGGCACAGGCCUAUACAAACCGAACCAUCACAUGACCAACUCAGGCUAUGGCACCAAUCGCGGCUACCGAGAAGGAGGCAUCCCAGAUAUAGACUACUCAUACACGUGAUGAGCCUGAUUUAGCGAAUGCUGUUAGGAAUCAUGUACUGGAUAGAUGCACAGUUUUUUAAUCAGUGUGGGGUCUGCAGCACCCCUUUGUGCCUUCUAGUCUCCGUUCCAACCAAGCGUGCUGGUCAUGGCUCCGAGGAAGCUCUUAAUUGGCCCAGAAGCCUGCUAAGAAACAGCUUUCUGUGUUUGGUGCCAGGACGUAGCUGCACCAUUUCAGGUGGUGAUACCAACUGUAAUUUUCUCUCCUCUGGUUUAACCUAGUGUGUCCUCCGAGUAACUGCUUUACCCCUGGCUGCCGCAACGAGGCAGAUUCAAGGGCAGCACAUGUUGUACUUAACACAGAGUCUUUUUAUUUCGAACUCAGAUCAUAUAUAAUCUGGUUAAGUGGCAUUUACUGGGAAUGAAAACAAAACAAACAAACAAAAUGACCUGGAUAUGAACAUUCACAUCCCCAUGGCUCUAAUGAUUAGCUGCCUAAGGACUUCCCAACAUUGCUCAAGACUCGAGCUUGUGGACUCUUGGUCUGAGGAGUCCACCAUUGGCCAAAGUGACUGGAAAGAGAGUCAUAGAGGAGAAGGAUCACUCAGUGCUGUCUCUGCAGUUCAGUUCUUCUAGAAAAACAUGGGCUGACAUUUUGGAUCCCCUUUAAUGAGACUGUCAUUCCCUGGAAUUAAGAGAAUGCAGAGUUACAAACAUAAGCCCUGAAUGGUGAUGCGUCACUGAGUUAAAACGCCUCAAAAAAAUUUUUUUAAAAAUAAUAAUAAUCUUGACAAGCCAGCAAGUUGCCUGAAAAAAAUGUGCAUAGCGCAUCAAGCCGUACGUUGUCUGGUUCCUUUUAACAUGGACCUAAUGUGGAAUGUGUUCUGUGAGAAGGGCCAGGUGCAAUUACACUGACUGACUUUCACACUGAAAAUUACAA